UUUAGUGCAGCAGCGACGGCACUUACGAACUAAAAACGGUAAAUAGCCCGGUGAUAAAAAGCCUUUGAAAAAGUCUUGAAUCCAAAGUGAAAAAAGGAAGUGUGCUCUCAACCACUCUUAAUGUCAGAACAAUGAAGCAUAUAAACUCUGUCGCACGCGGACAUUCGUGUCUGCCAAAAGUCGCAUUCACAUUCGUUUCGUUGCUACUGCCCUUCGCCAUACUACUCGGCCAGCCAACUACUACCCAUACAGCAGCCACGGCCAAAGCCACGGCUUCUGCUGUCGUUACAUCCUCUAACGCUACUGUGAAAGCGAAAUAUCCGCAUGCUGCCAUCUAUGAGGCGCAUGCCAAUCAAUUUUUAGACAAGGCCUCCGCACGCAUGCAAAGCAUUUGGACGCGUCGUCGUAACAGUUUCUUCAGCCUCACCACCAAGGGACGCGGUUACAAUGCCAUCAAUCAAGCUCCAAUAAAGCAAGAAAUCGAAAAUGAUUAUCGCCACCUCGUCUAUUCGCUGGCGAUGAAUCUCAGCACCAUACCGGUGAUGCAAUUGAGCGAUCCAAUACUACGUAGACGUGUGAAGCGUCUCGCAAAAUUACAGCUGUAUGGCUUAACGGAUGAGGACUACGAGGAGGCCAAAGAUCUAUUGCAUACAAUGCAAACAUUUAUAACUACGCGCAUGGUUUGUUCGUUGGAUGACUGCCAGCAAACGGUUUCUAUGGUGCCAACAAUAUUGAAUCAUGUGGUGCGUACUAAAAAUCUAGGAGACUUGGAAUACUUUUGGAGGCAAUGGAGGUCCGUAUUAGCUGAACAUGAUCGUGCCAAGUCCGCUUUUAUAUCAUAUGUGCGCAAACUGCGGCUGGCGGCAUCAUACAAUGGCCAUAUAACCCCAUCACGUACCUGGUAUCUGUAUUACGAUACGGAUAAUUUUCAACGUGAGCUCGAGGAUGUCGUUUGGGAAAUAAUGCCACUGUACCAGGAAUUACACGCCUAUCUACUUAAAAGUGUACGUAACACUUAUGGUGAGAAAUUGCAUGCCGAUGACGGCGUCAUACCAGCGCAUGUGUUUGAGCAAAUCGUACGACAGGCUUGGUCGCCGCGCACAGUCUUUCGCACACCAUAUCCGAAGAAUCAGCUGCCCACUGUGCAGCAGCGUUUGGAGGAGAUACUUGUGACAUCAUUAAAGAUCAUUAAAAAAGCGGCAGAGUUCUUUGAGUCCAUCGGAUUGAAUCACAUGUCAGACUCCUUCUAUGAACGCUUUUCGCGUCGCAUUGGCGACGAAGAACUCGGCCCUGAUUGUCGCGCUGAGGUAUUUUACUUCCCACCCGAGGCCGCUCUACGCUACUGCCCCAAACUGGAUUAUAAGAAACUUAUGCAAAUUCAUGGCAAUAUGGCGGAGCUGCAGUACAACUUAUAUCGAGGACGACUACCUUACGGUGUGGACAGUGAACCGUGUCCGGGUUUUGCAAGCGCCCUGGGUGAAGCGGCUGUCAUUGCAUCGGGCACACCACGUCAUCUCAAUCGACUGCAUAUACUCUUCAAUCACAGUCUGAAUGAGGAGCAAUCGAUGAAUCGGCUCUUCCGUAUGGGUAUUCACACAAUUUUAGCUAUACCGCAGUAUUUCAUCAAUGACAAGUUUCUGGUUGAUGUGAUGGAUGGUCACAUUGGCGCGCAAGAUUUGAAUUGCGGCUACUGGAAGUUGCAAAAUAAAUAUGCCGGUGUAGUACCACCGUUGCGGCGCAAUGAAAAGACUUUCGAUCCGGAUUUUAAAUUCUAUCGUGGCUUGAAUCCAGAGAAACCGAAUACAGUGAAAUUGAUUUCGGAAAUACUGGGCUAUCAAUUUUAUCGGGCAUUUUGUUUGGCCAGCGAACAGUAUAAGCCCGGGGACCCGGAGUAUCCAUUGCACAACUGCGAUUUCUAUGGCAGCGAGGCGGCAGGCGAUUUAAUGAAGGAGUUGAUGCAAGCAGGCGCAACCAAGCAUUGGCGUGAUUUGAUGGAAACAACCAUAGGUGAGCGUAAACUCAGCGCCAAAGGUGUUAUGGAAUACUUUGCACCACUCUACACUUGGCUGAAGGAGCAAAAUAAAAAGAAUGAUGUUGAAACGGGCUGGGAGUCGGAGACUAGAUGCAGCAAGGAUUACUACAGUCCAUCUUAGCAUCAGUAAUAUAUUAUAUAUCUACAUUCGCAUGAAUCUAUAAUCUACCAACAACAAUAAAAUUAUAUGAAACGAAA